AUGGUUGCGAAAAAUGUGGCAGUGAGCCUCCAGGAGCAGCAGAAAGCGCUCGAGGAUGCGACGACAGUGAUCCGUCAGCAGAUCUCGCUCAUGAAAAAGUGUCUGGCCACGAAGAACAAGUUCAUGGACGCCCUCAAGCACGCUUCGACCUUUCUCAACGAAUUGCGGACCGGUGUGCUUUCUCCAAAGCAGUACUACGAAUUGUACAUUAUGGUCUUUGAUGGACUGGAAAUCUUGGCCGAGCACCUGAAAACUAACCAUCCAAAUAAUCACCUAGCAGAUUUAUAUGAAUUGGUACAAUAUGCUGGCAAUAUCAUACCCAGAUUGUAUUUGAUGAUAACUGUGGGAACAGUGUAUAUGUCGAUUCCGGAUGCUCCGCUCAAGGAGAUCAUGAAGGACAUGAUGGAGAUGUGUCGUGGUGUGCAGCAUCCAAUUCGUGGUUUGUUUUUACGGUACUAUCUUUCGCAGAGGACUAAGGAUCUACUGCCUACAAAGUUUGUUUCGGACAAGGAGGAGUCCACAGGCGAUCUCAAUGACUCAAUUCAGUUUAUUAUCACAAAUUUUGUGGAAAUGAACAAGCUUUGGGUCAGACUGCAACAUCAAGGACAUUCUUCUGAGCGCAAUAAGAGAACUAUGGAGCGCAAAGAGCUUCAGAUUUUGGUGGGCUCAAACCUGGUGCGUCUGUCUCAAUUGGAAAACAUUGACAAGACGUACUACAAAGAACACAUUUUGCCAGUCUUGCUGGAACAGAUCAUUCAGUGUCGGGAUGUCAUUGCCCAAGAGUAUUUAUUGGAUGUCAUUAUUCAAGUAUUUCCCGAUGAAUUCCACCUGGCCACUCUGGAGAAUUUCUUCAACGCCACACUGAGCUUAAAUGAUCAGGUAAGCUUGAAAACUAUUCUCAUCACUUUGAUUGAUAGAUUGAUAGAUUUCAAACAGCGGGAAUCCGACGACGACUUCUUUGAGCAGUUCAAAGCUCUAAAUCUCACAGACAUUUUUGAUAAGUUUAUUGAUUUUAUCAAUAAACUGAAUGAGCUCAAACCGGACUUGUCGAGUGAGGAUUUCUGCCUGAUACUAGAAGGAAUAUGCCGUCUUUCCAUUACAUACUAUCCUGAAAACUUUGACAACGUCAACUGCGUUUACAAAUAUGCUGCCGAAAAAUUCAGGGAAUCGGGAACAAACGACUCUUCGGCACAAAGCCACUGGAAAUCUCUGCUUCUGGUGCCAAUGUCCGGAUACUCUAGCAUCAAGUCUAUCCUCAAACUUGAUUCCAGCUAUCUGGACUUUUUCGCAUUGCAGAAACCAGUGGUGAGAAAAUCAGCCAGUCUCGAUAUUAUUGACUGUUUAUUGGUUAAUGAUGUCAAAUUGACGACGGAAGAAGAAGUCAACAAGAUUUUAGAAAUUCUGAAGAACCUGAUCACCGCUGACGAUGACCCUACUGCCAAGGAUCUGGGUUUGACUCAGAAAACAGCACAGAACCAGGCCAUCUUUGGUUUGGACUCGUCGCCGGACGAAGAACAAGAUUCACUCGAGGUCACUCUCCAGCAAGAGAAGCUGGCCAAAUUCUUGCAUUUGAUCUACAACAUUGAUCCGUUCAAGCAUUUUGAGCUGCUGGGAGAAUCGAGAAAGUACUUAAGUCUAGGGAAGUCAAAGGUGAAGUACACUUAUCCUACACUUGUAUUCAUUGUUCUCAAACUUGUGAGAAAGCUUCACUUGUUGAAGAAAAUUGAAACCAGAGAGGACAGAGCUAAAAUCUCGCACUUUUUCCAGUUCAUCACGGGAGUUAUCAGCGAGAUGAAUGAGCUAAACAUCAAUCCGAGCCUGAGAUUAAACCUCAAUUUGGUGACCGCACAACUAGCGGACGAAGUGUCGCUUGUGGAUGUAUCGUACGACUUCUUCAUUGAAUCAUUUGUGCUUUACGAACAAAGCCUGGUGGAUUCCCGUGCGCAAUACCAGAGUCUCAUCACAAUUAUCAACAAAUUGAUGGAGUCCACGAAGAUGAUUGAGCUAAACAUGGACAACUUCGACAAACUGAUCACCAAGUGCGCUCUUUACGGAUCCAAACUAUUGAAAAAAACAGACCAAUGCCGGGCCGUGUACCUUGCUUCACAUCUUUGGUGGGUUACGCAGGAAGUGGACGAGUCUACAAUAACACACAUUUCUUUGAAAAAAGACGAAAAAAGAGUUCUUGAGUGUCUCCAAAAAGCACUUCGGGUGGCGGACAAUAUUCUGGACGCUAGGGCCUCACUGGAGUUAUUCAUUGAGAUUCUUAACCAAUCACUAUACUACUUUAUUCACGGUAACGACAUGGUUACCGUGAAGUACCUAAACGGACUGAUUGAAUUGAUUGAUAGCAACUUCAAGACCGCAAGCAAAGAGCCCGCUACUGACAAGUCCAGCCUUGAAGCGACGUACAAGCACUUUGAUCGGACAUUGAAGUACAUGAACGAACAGCGGGCGAUCGACGAAAGGUUCAAGGAGAUCCGGCUUUCCUUUGAUUGA